AUGGCCUCCGGAUAUACGGGCGACUUUAUCGGUGAUUACAUCGGUAGACCCAACAACAGAGACGAUGCAAUGUCCAUCGACAGCCCCCCGGUGAAACCAUCAUUUUUCGGUGUUACGGGCCAUAACGAAAUCUUUGAAGAAACGAAAAACUACCUCUCCAAACUCGAAGCAUUCAGCGUCAACCCCGAUGACACAAGCAUGCAGGCCAGCAGUGCGAUAAAGUUCAAAGACCUUCCACCCAAUAUCCAACAAACUUGUCUCGCCGUUCUGGGAUGCAUCUUUGGACCUUGCUACGAUCGUCUUGUGGCACACAAGACCAAAUACGAGAACAGGCUAUGGUCGAAUCUUACGGUCCCCGGGAUUAUCCGGUCACUAGAAUCGACAUUCGGGUCACAACUGAACCUCGAGAAAGUCAAUCUUGAACUCAUCGCUGAGCGUAUUUGCAACAACACGACACGGCCUUUUCGAGACACAGAGAACAGCCAGGAAUGGGUUGGCCAGCUUUGUGGUCAAAACUUGCGAUGGGAGUCAAUUACCAUGCUAUGGAGUGUGUUGAGGCGCAUACCCAACUCUUUUGAGCCCAUGGAACGGCAAAAGUUUCACAUUCUCGAGAGUGGAACAUUAAACAAGGCAACCUUGGCAUUCUUGAGACAUGGUGUUUCGCUUGCACGGUACUUCACGGUCGCAAAUGUUAUGAUUCUUGAUCUCUUACAACAAAAGACAAUCGUGGAGUCUAUGAUUAUCGGCGACGCGAGUUUGGCCGUUUGGAAUUCCCAUGGAGAAGCCGUGGCAAUGAUGACAUACCUGGGCGUUCACGCCCAAAGGAACAUUACAUCCUACACGGCGUCGCUGUCUUCGGAACACAAGAGGCGUCUUUUUGGGCGCAUUCACAAUCUGGACAAGGCCAUUGUCGCGUUCACGGGCAGACCUCCACUUCUAGAUUCUCGCUACUGUACGACACAGAUGCCGCUGGAUCUCAGUGACGAGGACCUUCUAGCCGGCGGUGCCGCACUGGAGCGUGCAACGGCUGAAUUGAACCCAGGCGGUUGGAACACACACGGGGGCGUCUAUCCGUCAGGUUUCUGCCGAGCUGCCUACCAGAUAUCUGUGAUGCUCAGUGAGAUCCUCGGUAUUGCUUUGGCCCCUGAUCCAAAAACUAAUUUAGAAACACUCAGUAAUAUAAAACAGCGCGAAUUGAACGUGAUAGCCCAGUUUCCGAAGCAUUUGAUCUACGACCCUGACGAUCCACAUGAUUUACCUCUCCCGCAAACAGAACCCGCACCGCACGAGAAAGAUCUUUCUGAUCCGCAAGUCGAGAUAAACGUUAUACCGUUGAGAAUCUUUACCCGUUUGACACAUCUACAGAACAUGUUUCUACUCGAGAGAUUAUUUCUUCAGAACGGUGCUGUAGAUGAGGGCGAUGUACUACUCGUUUCGUUUGAAAUGAUUUCCCUUACAUUGCUUUUCUGGACUCAUAAGGAUAAGUUUCGGGAUAUUCGACGCGACUUUGAGUGGAUGUUGAUGGCCUUUGCAGUUCCCGGUGGUGGUAUUCUCUGUCAAGAGCUCCUCGAACCAACCUUUCAAGGACGACAUCCAAAGGACAGCCGUUUGAGCCGAUCGAGUAUUAUACAGAAGCUGAGCCUGUUGGUGGGAUUCUUGGAUUGGGUUCACCCUUCAGCGCCGAAUGGUGACCUCUGCGCGAGUUGCAAAACUGUCAUACAGCGUGUGUUGGACUACCAACUCAACGAUGCGGUAAAUGAGCUUGGAUCUUUAGAACAAUUCAGUUCUGGUUUGGCAGGGCGUCUAAAUUUCCAGUUUGAACUCUUGAAUACGUUCGACUGGCUUAAUGCAUGA